AAGGGACAGAGCGAGGAAAGGGACAGGACGGCAGAGAAGGCAUCCCAAGUAGCACAGAACUGCGGGAAAACUCGGCACUGAACCGGCUGAGCAAACAGUGGACGCUGGGGCUUUGCCGCGCUCCGGGGCGCUCAGUCGGAGGAGAGCUGCGCUCCCGAACACCCAGGAUGGGGCUGCUCUUCCCUGCCCUCGUGCUGGCCCUGCUUGCCACCACCCAUGCUGCAGAAGACUCGUGUGAGGGCCGCUGUGAGGAAGGCUUCGACGCAGGGCGCAAGUGCCAGUGCGACACCCUGUGCGUGUACUACCAGAGCUGCUGCAGUGACUACUCCACCGUCUGCAAAGCCAAAGUGACCCGGGGAGAUGUUUUUGCCCUGCCCGAGGACGACUACCUGGACUACAACCUCACUGUCGACAUUGCCACGGAGGAGGCGCCCGUGGCAGACCCCACAGAGCUGCCCACGCCCCCGGUGCUGGUGGACACCACACCAGAGAGCAAGCCAAACCCUGAGGAGACGCUGCCAGAGCUGCCCAAACCCACCCCGGAUGGGUCUGAGGAGCCAGAGGAGCUGUGCAGUGGGAAACCUUUUGACGCCUUCACCGACCUGAAGAACGGUUCCCUUUACGCUUUCCGAGGGAAGUAUUUUUAUGAGCUGGACAAGACCAGCGUGAGGCCCGGCUACCCCAAGCUCAUCAGCGAUGUCUGGGGCAUCGAGGGCCCCAUCGAYGCAGCCUUCACACGCAUCAACUGCCAGGGCAAGACUUACCUCUUCAAGGGCACCCAGUACUGGCGCUUUGAUGACGGAGCCCUGGACCCCGGCUACCCACGGGACAUCUCCGAGGGCUUCGAGGGCAUCCCGGACAACGUGGACGCGGCGUUCGCCCUCCCCGCGCACAGCUACCACGGCAACGAGAGGGUUUAUUUCUUCAAGGACAAGUACUACUGGUCCUACGACUUUGCCCAGCAGCCCACGCAGGCCGACUGCGAGAAGUCCUCGCCCUCYACGGUGUUCAAACACUACGCCUUCAUGAACAGGGACAGCUGGGAGGAUGUUUUCCAGCUCCUCUUCGGCAGCAGGAUGCCCGGGGCGAACGGCCCRUGGUACAUCAGCCGGGACUGGCGGGGGGUGCCCGGCCGGCUGGACGCCGCCAUGGCCGGCAGGAUCUACGUGGCCUCGCACCAGCCCCGCAGGAGGAARUCUCGCCGCCAGCGCAAGAGGUACAACCACAACCACCGCUCACUGAAUUUGGGAUUCUGGAGCUGGCUGCACAACGACCACGACUCGGCAGGGGUUGAAAGCGACGGGCUGUCGGGCUCCACGUGUGAGAUGCUCCAGAGCGUCUACUUCUUUGUGGGAGACAAGUACUACCGCGUCAACCUGCGCACCAAGCGCGUGGACCUGGUGCGGCCGCGCUACCCCCGCUCCAUCGCCCAGUACUGGCUGGACUGCCCCCAGCCCGGGGAGGAGAGCACCUGAUGGACCCYGGAGCCGCCGGGGUGGCAGCACAGCCCCGGCCAGACAGAAAUAAACUGUGAGAGGCGAGCAGGCCGGAGA